ACGAUGAGGGCGUGGCUUCACAUUUCAAGCUGCUCUGUCGCAAUAGCUUGACCUACUAAGAUAUGGGACAACAGAUACUACCUGUCGGUUGAGUGUAACUCGGUGGUAUGCAGCCGUGUCGUUUCGGCUAUGAAUUCCCGGCUGAUCGUAUACACAUUUCUCGCUUUAAAAACAGUUUCUUAUACGUUAGGAGAUUGCUCUCUGUCAUGCACUCAUGGAUGCUGUGGUUCCAUCAGAUACGGACUGCAUUGUUGUUUAGACCCAAGUAUAUCCGUUAGUUAUCCACCCGGAAUAAUCGCUGCGAUCGUCUGCGCUGUCCUCUUCCCCAUCAUCCUGGUAUUUGGAAUUGCUUGCUGCCGUGUCUAUUGUUGCGGGUCCUCGCCAAAGAAACAUCAUCACAUGAUACACAGGAGACCCCCUAGCGGUGAUAAACACAGGUUCUUCAAUCGAAACAGAUGACCUAGGCUAUCCAAUUAGGCCGCAUUUAGGAGCAAGACAAUUCCGUCCUCCUUCUACAGCUUCUUCAGCGUAUUCUCCACCCAUCGACGACUCCUCAACGAUAUCAACGUCAGCAUUUCAGCCUCUGUCUGCUCCGCCACCAUCCUUCGAUGAGUGCACAGCAACGGAUACAACAAUACAUAAAGCAGGACCGAUGAUAACAACAGUGUAAUUACUGGAACAAACAUGCGGAGUCGGACUUUCGUCCCAUGCCACGCCACACUGACCACCAAAAGACAUUGGAAUUCGACCUGUUUAUGUUACCAACAUUUGGAAAUAUGGUAUUUGGGUGGGAUAAAACAUAAUUAUAUUAUCAGUGGGUGGGAAAGUUUUUGACGGGUGCCUUUUUCCAGUGUAUGUAGUACGGGUAUUCAAUACACGCAUUAUGUCAUCUUAGUGAUGUUGUAACAGGCGACAGAAGGGAGUGGGUCGUCGUCAUCACUGACUUGCUUGAUUCCAUGUUAGCGUGGAACAAAAACAUAUUGUUAAUCAUCAUUGACUGACUGAUUCAGGCUCGAUUUUUACUUAGCGUUCAAACGAUAUUGGGGAGGAAUUUCACUAUUUGUGUAUUUGCCCUACCUUGGUCCUUGAAAGGAAGAAAUAUAUCAACAUCUGUUACUGUAAAACACCGAAUAUGCAAAAAAUGAACCAGCUUUGUCACUGUAAUAAACUAGGAACAAUUAGGAAAUUAGCAAUAUUUUGCAAAAUAAUAAUGUCUCAAUAUAAGAAACACCGAAACAAGAUAAACGCAUGAGUGUAACACCGUUAACCUAACUGGUUAAAUGCAUGUACAGACAUACAUGUAGUUUAUUCUUGUAACCAAUCGAAAUGUAUAUGUUACCAAUCUGUGUACCAUACACGCAUGUAACAUAUAUGUGUUGCACGUAAUGAUGUAAACAUGUACCUCUAAUGCCGCAGAACUCGGCCGAAGUGUAAAUAAAUUUCAGUUUAGGUCAGCUGAAAUAUCUGUGAACGCCAUUGUAAAAACAAACAAUCGAAUCAUAACUGAUAUAAAAUCAGUCUGGAUCAUCCCCGAGAUAGAUAGUUCGUCUCGGCCAUGGCAUUUCCUUCCUUGCUCAUUAUUAAUGAUAAGUGCUUCUGAGCCCAUGGUGACAUCAUAUUGUGUUUUGUUAUUAUAUAAUAAACGUAUUACAUUGUUCUAAUGUAUAUUGGUAUGCAUGAUGUGUAUAUAU